AUGUCAAAGCAAAGUGGUGCUGCCAAAUUGAUUAGAAAAGCAAAAGUGAUUAUAUGGGAUAAAGCACCAAUGGCCAAACGACAAACAAUAGAAACAGUCGAAACGAGCUUCAGAGACAUAAUGGACAUCGAUAAACCAUUCGGCGGAAAAGUCAUGGUUUUUGGAGGAGAUUUUUGGCAGGUGUUACCAGUAGUUCCAAAAUCAACUCGAGCAAAAAUUGUAAAUGCAAGCUUGGAUGGAAUUCCAGAAGAAUCCAUAAUAAAAGACAUAUUUCAAAACCUGCAAGAAAAUGCUGCUACAACAAAAUAUGUCACUGAAAGAGCUAUUUUAGCAAGCAGAAAUGGCCAUGUAGAUAAAAUUAACAACAAGUUAAUAUCUCAAUUCCCAGGUGAAAGCAAGAGAUUCAAUAGCUUUGACUCAGCAGAAGAUAACACAAACAACUAUUACCAAGAAGAAUAUCUAAAUACUUUAACACCAAACGGUCUCCCACCACAUAGAAUGAUGAACACAAGGAGGAAUGCCAUGAGAAUAGUUGAGGAAGUAGCUGUUGGAGGGAACCAAGCUCCUCCUUAA